GGCAACAGAAACAAAGGGUGUGUUCUGGGGACAGAGCACAAUGGGCAGGAGAGAAGCAGUGAGACUAUGAGAGGCAAUUGAGAUUAAGAAUCAAAUCCUGUCUCUGGCACAGAACAGUCCUAAUCAGCACCCCACUCUGACCUCAGUGACUCAGAGAGAAUACCUGCAAAAGACCACCACUAGCCCACCUGUUAGAAAGACCAGGAAAUCCUGCAAGGUUUGGUAAGGAGGGUAUGGAGAGCCCCCAGGAGCUGUCUCUAUAAAAUAAAGCCAUGAGCUGUCCACCUGAUUUACCGUAUUACACAGCCCAAAGCAGCCCUGCCACGGGCAUGUUUAACACCUGCAUGGGGAAACUGCAGCAGCAGCUGUACAAAGGGGAGUAUGCUAUAUUCAAGUAUGCACCGAUGUUUGAGAGUGACUUCAUACAGAUCAGCAAAAGAGGAGAAGUGAUUGAUGUGCACAGCCGUGCCCGAAGGGUAACUGUGGGCAUCGUGCGUACCAGCCCCCACCUCACACUACCUGACAUCAUGCUGCUGGCCCGACCAGCCACUCUCUCUGAUGACUACCACAGAUACAGCCCCGCCCCCCGGGAAAGAAGUAACAAGCCUACACAGAUCUUAGAGCUAACCAGAAUGUUUCCCUUGAAGCUUGUAAAGAUAUCCAUCCAUAACAGCACCAAACAACAGCUCCGCCUGAAGCUUGUCACGGGCCGCUCUUUCUACCUUCAGCUAUGUCCCCCUUCAGAUACAAGAGAUCUUUUUGUUCACUGGGAAAAUCUCGUUUACUUGCUGAAACCACCAGUAGAGGCUUUCAGUGGAACCCAGGCCCUCCCAGCUGGAAACAAACUGAACAUACCUGGGUUUGAGGAAGACAAUAGGAGCCCAAUGGCAGAUUCUGUUCACUUCUAUGAAGGGAAUCAAGAUGAAUUCAGCAUCAGGAACCUUCAUAUGAACCCUGAAAUAGUUGAGACCACCCACUGUAAUUUUAAUAUGGAGGGAUGAAUUCAAUAUUCCUCCCCAAACAAGGUCACAUACUUCUGCAGUCACAAAGCCUGAUAAAGGGGCAUGGGUAGUAGCAGGAGGAAUGGAAAUAAUAAGUAUCAACACAAGUGCCGUGGAUGUGACAGCAACCAAGUUACAGACUCAGAAGUAAAACAGCGCAAACAGGAGCAGCCUUCACAGAUUCAGAAGGAAGCAGAGCCAGUGUGGCUAUAGUAGAUGCUUUCAACAUGUCUGAAUGCUGUUAGCAAGGGUGGCAAGCCCUUGUCCACAGAUGGUAUGUCUAGAAAAAACUGCUGGCCUCUCUCCAGAGGGGGCAUGAUUAUAGUAACUGCAGAAGCAGUCAAGGCUCAGUACUGAGACCCCGUUAUCUCAACCUGACAGAGUGAAGGCUGAAUGAACAAGGAUAGAAGCUAGAGGGUCUCUACCCAGCAGGAAUGACUGUAGAAAAGAGCCUCAGCCUCAAAGCCCAUAUGGUACAGAGGUGAUAUCUCUUCUAAGUCUGUGGAGGAAAGCAGUAUCAUCUACCAUUAUACAAUUUAACUCAAUUGUCUGCUCUAAUAAGUCAUACUCUAUUAACAGGAAAGGGUAGCAAUAAAAUUAAUAAUUUAUAAUCAGGCUCUGAACUAUCUCUAACUUUCCCUUAAUUUGAUUUUUGUAAAUACAUGAACAAAUGACAGAAUAAAAUAUUAAAAGAUUAUG